AUGCAUGGCGUUCGUGUCCCACGCCAAUCGCUCGACGAUAUCUGGUGCCAGAACGUUUUACCAUUGCGCAACGUGUUCCAUCGCAAUAGUGCAAAGUUGAGUUGA